AUGGUGAUGUCAUCUCAGGGAGUUGACAAUGUGGGUCAGCCUUCGAGACUAGAACUGCACAAACUGGCUCUUGAGGAGAUUCCGGAUUUCCCAUCACUCUAUCACCAAAACGGUCAGCUGAAUGAAUGCGUGUACUACAUGUCCGAUGCCUGGGCAGUAGCAGCUUAUACCAAACAGCUCGUCGAGGCGGCUCGUUUCCAAGCGGACACUACAGCGUUUGACCGGAUGAAGGCUAGUGUGAUGAAGAGUAACAAGCAUAUUAAGGAGCUCAUUGAGGCGAGAGAUGCGGCUAAGACGAGGAGAAUAGCUCGAGACUUGGACGAUGUUGGUGUAGUUAUGGGCGCGGGCUCUCAGGGUUCCAUGGUAGGUUAUUAA